AUGCCAUUCGACGCGCCUCGACUUGUUCUACAAAAUGGUAUAUUUGGUUUCUCAAUUUCGAAUAGUUCUUCUUAUUCGACAGGAUACUUUAAAAGUUGGACUCAGGACUUUUGGUUAACCCUAAGUAAAAUCAAAACUGGAGAUGUUUUUCAAGGUGGAACUAAUGCUGAUGUGCAUCUGAAAAUCUUUGAAAAUAAAUGUGAUUCAGAUAGAAUUCAAUUACAAACGUUAGAUAAUACUUCGAAUUUAUUUGAACGUGGACAAAUUAAUAGUUUUUCACUUGAAUUUGAUGACCUCGGCAAAAUUGAACAUAUUCUUAUUGGACAUAAUGGUAAAAAUCCUGGAGCUGGAUGA